AUGAUGACGAUGUUGCCAGAUAAUUUAGUAGAGGAGAUACUAAGUCGUGUUCCGGCCACAUGUCUGAAACGUUUACGAUCAACAUGCAAACUAUGGAACGGUAUAUUCAACGAUAGGAGAUUCGCAAAAAAUCACUUUGAUAAAGCCCCAAAGCAAUAUAUGGUUCUCAAGCUAACGGAGGAAUAUAGGCUUUGCUCAUUCCGUGGUGAGCUUGGACUAAUAGAUCCGGUUUGUUCAGCUCAAUUCAGGAUAUCUCAUGUCUUUCACUGCGAUGGCUUGUUGUUAUGCACCAGCGAAAGCUACAAUAGAAUAGUGGUUUGGAACCCGUGUACUGGUCAAACCAAGUGGAUCACCGAUCCCAGCGAUCGUGUCAUGUUUUGGGUAACUUUUACUCUUGGAAGGUGCUACCAAGAAAAUAAUUAUAGCUAUAAAUUAUUGAGACACGUGCCUUGUUACGAGAAGCUAAUAUUUGAAAUCUGUGAGAUCAACUCCGAUUCAUGCUGGAGGAUUCCUCAUGAUGUCACUCCAGACUGCUUAUUACAGUUUGCUCAUUACAGCGUGUAUUUGAAAGGAAAGACCUACUGGUGUGCUUCGGAUUCAAAAGAGUUUGAUGCGUGCAUGCAUUUACUGAGCUUUGAUUAUACAACAGAGAGAUUUGGACGUCUGUGCCUUCCUGGCCCGUAUUGUAGACUCCAUACUGUGUCUCUAUCGGUUGUUAGAGAAGAGAAGCUUUCCGUGUUAUUACGACCCCAUGAUAGACUUGGAAACGAGAUAGAGAUAUGGAUAAGCAGUCCUAUUGAUGAUCCCAAAGCUGUGUCGUGGAGCAAGAUCUUCGCUUUGGAUGAUCCUCGUCUUGGCUAUUGCACCCAGACAAGUUUCUUGGUGGAUGAUGAGAAGAAAAUCGCUACAUGUCUUGAAAGGUGGAUACGUAGCCGUGACAAUGCCAAGGCCAAGCCCUACUACGUCUUGCAAUACAUUGUUGGGGAGGAUAAUGAAGUCACGCUACUGGAUUUUGGAGCAUCUUCUCAUUUGCAUUUACAUUCGCAACUUUUGUUUAAUUAUGUACCAAGUCUGGUUCAUAUCCAGUGA